AUGAGCAAGAGCCAAGUGAACAAGAACAGAAAGAUCGGCGCCCUGAUCGCCUACACAACCCUGGCCUGCAGUCUGGUCUCCUUGGGUGUCUAUGUCUACCGUCAACAACAACAAAAGGGAGCAGGAGGAAAUAGCAGCAGCAGCAGUCGUCGCAACGGAACAGUCGACUCACGCCCUAGUCUGGAUCAUAAUGGUCGCCCCAGUUUGGAUAACAACUCAGGAGCUGAUGGAAGCGACGCCCGAUCCUCAGAGCCUCAGGCGUCUUCAUUAUCGCGACUUGGUUCCAAGAUUGCCAGGACUGUCAAGCGGAAUCGUAAAGUCAUGACCAUCUCCCUCAAAAACACAAUCGUAUGGAACCCUUCACCAGAUCCAACCACGCCUAACUAUGGCUUUGUCGAGGGCGCAAUUCCUUUACUUUUCCACCUCGCAGAGACUUAUAAUCUGCACCUGAUCUUGCUCUGCCCACCUUUGCAACCAACAUCACAACACCAAAACCAGCAUAGUCAACGAGCGAAUGGCAAGGGAAGGGUUAUGACGGUUCAGGAGCAAGAAGAGGCCAAGAGACAGCAACAAUUGGGGCAGGAACGGGAACGGGAUCAGAUCCUGACGAUGCUUGAGAACGCAGGUCUGAUCUCACCUGUUGGUACCAAAGGGCCCAAGCUGAUUGACCCGCGUCAGUUGUUGAUCUGUGAGACAGAGGAGGGAGUCAGCCAUGUGGUUCGCCAUAUUGAGAGUCAGGUCCAUGUGGAGGCACGGCAGAGUGUUGUUGAGUUGGUUCAGGGAGUUGUGCCCAAGGUGGUAUUUGUGCAAAAGAAGCCAGGACACAGCAGAGCGUCGUCUAUUUCUCAACAACAACAGGAGCAGGAUGGGGAUGUGAUGACUCGAUCUCAUAUUCGAUCGAGCUCAUCGCCAUCUUCAUCUCCCUCAAGAGGAUCAGAGGAAGGAGUGUCGUCGUUUGCUGAUUUGGGAUCCUCUUCGAUUGUCAACGGUCAACAACGGCAAAUGGGCGAUUCGUUUGUGGAGGUGUUCAAGGCUCCACAGCACGAACCGUUGGUGUCUGGAUAUGUGACACAGGCGGGCAGGAAGGGCUAUGUCGAGGUGACCGACCAAUUGAUGCGUAGCAGCCUCAACCCCGAGUACAGCAAUUAA